AUGAUUUUUGCCAUUGAAGAAAUAAAUCAGAAUGAGAAUCUGCUCCCGGGAAUCACACUCGGAUAUGAGAUACACGACGAUUGCUCGUCCUCCGCGAUCGCCUCGAACGCAGCGCUCGCUUUGAUCAACGGAGUAGAAGAAUCAAUUGAAUACCCCGAAUGCACAGGUUCCUCCAAUGUCGCUGCCAUUAUUGGCUGUGGUCCAUCUACGAAUUCUAUUGUAACUGCAAGGACAAUUGGUUCUUUCGGGAUCCCGAUGGUUAGUUACUACUCCACCUAUUCCUGUCUCAGCAAUAAGAAAGAAUACCCAACGUUUUUUAGAACUAUUCCCAGCGACCAGUACCAGUCCAAAAUUCUUGCUGAACUAAUAAGGACGUUUGGCUGGACUUGGAUUGGAACAAUUAGAAGUAACACCGAUUAUGGUAAUUUCGGAAUGCAAGGAUUUGUGGAACAUGCAGAGAAGUUUGGGAUCUGCAUUGCGUACUCUGAAUCAUUUUACAGGACCGAUUCGGCACAGAAAAUCAGUAAAGUUGUCCAGGUGAUUAAACAGGCGUCUACUAAAGUGGUAGUGGCCUUUGUUGACGAUGGUGACAUGCGAAUAUUAUUGAAAGAGAUGAUCCGUCAAAAUUUAACCGGUAUACAGUGGAUUGGAAGUGAGGCGUGGGUGACAAGAAAUGUUCUUCCGGCAGAAGAAAGAGCAGUUUAUCUCACCGGGACAAUUGGUCUGGCCACCCCAAGGACAGAGAUAGAUAAUCUCAGAGAUUAUCUUCAGAAUAUCCAUCCUUCAACUUCUGGCAAUAUUAUGGUGACAGAGUUUUGGGAAAGUCUAUUCACAUGCUCUUUUACCAGAGACAAUGGGACAAGCCCGGAAAGCUCUCCAGGUCAAUUAAUGCACUACCUCCGCACCGUGAAUUUCACAGCUAAGACGGGCGAAACAGUAUAUUUUGAUAAAAAUGGAGACCCGGUUCCAAGAUACGAGUUUGUGAACUUACAAGCAAAUUUGAAGGGGAGCGUUGACAUUGUAAGCGUCGGAUAUUACGAUGGCUCAGCUACGGCAGGGCGCGAACUAAUGAUGAACUUUGGAGAUAUCAUGUGGAGUACGACCGGGAAUACGAUCCCACAGGCAACUUGCUCCGAGCCCUGUCUUGCUGGAACACGAAAAGUCAGCCAGAAAGGGCAGCCGAUAUGUUGUUUUGACUGUGCAGAGUGCGCGGAUGGUGAAAUCAGCAAUGUCACUGAUUCCAUUGAUUGCAUCAAGUGUCCCGCGGAGUAUUGGUCCAAUCGGGCAAAAACAAAAUGUGUUCUCAAGAAAGUUGAGUUCCUUUCCUUCACCGAACUUCUGGGCUUUGUUUUAGUCACGCUUGCUCUAAUGGGUAUAGGUUUUACAGUGGCCAUCGCUGUGAUUUUCUACCGGUAUCGGGAAACCCCAAUGGUCAAAGCAAAUAACUCCGAACUCAGUUUCCUGCUCCUCUUUGCCCUCCUGCUUUGCUUUAUUUUCUCCCUCGCCUUCAUUGGAGAACCGACCGGCUGGUCUUGCAUGUUGCGCCGCACAGCUUUCGGAGUUGUGUUCGUUCUUUGCAUUUCCUGCAUUUUGGGCAAAACCAUCCUUGUCGUGGUUGCCUUUAAAGCAACUCUUCCCAACAACAAUGUGAUGAAGUGGUUCGGACCGACGCAGCAACGUCUGGGUGUCUUCAGUCUUCCCUUUUUGCAAGGUUUAGUGUGCGUUGUGUGGGUAAGUGUGUCACCACCCUCCCCACUGAAAAACAUGAGUCAUUACAGAGAUAUCAUUAUUCUAGAAUGUAACGUGGGCUCAUUGACCGCCUUUUACUUAGUGUCGGCCUAUAUUGCACUGCUGUCCAUCGUGUGCUUAUUGCUUGCAUUCCUUGCCCGGAAUCUACCAGACAAUUUUAACGACGCCAAGUACAUCACUUUCAGCAUGCUGAUCUUUUGCGCUGUUUGGAUAACUUUUAUUCCAGCUUACGUGAGCUCUCCAGGAAAGUACACAACGGCUGUAGAGGUGUUCGCUAUCUGGGCAUCGAGCUUCGGUCUGCUCCUGUGCAUUUUUGCACCGAAAUGUUACAUUCUAUUACUGAAACCGGAAAUAAAUACGAAGAAAUGUAUGAUGGCUAAAGGGACUUCAUUGUAA